CCACAGUGUACACCUACAUCCAAAGCCGUUUCUACCGGUCCCCCGAGGUGAUCCUGGGUCACCCCUACAACACGGCCAUUGACAUGUGGAGCCUGGGUUGCAUCAUGGCCGAGCUGUACACAGGUUACCCGCUGUUCCCGGGGGAGAACGAGACGGAGCAGCUGGCCUGCAUCAUGGAGGUGCUUGGCCUGCCGCCCCCCCACUUUGUGCAGACGGCUUCCAGGAGACAGACGUUCUUUGAUUCCAAAGGUUUUCCUAAAAAUAUAACCAACAACAGGGGGAAAAAAAGGUACCCGGAUUCCAAGGACCUGACCAUGGUGCUGAAAACCUGCGACUCCAGCUUCCUGGACUUUGUCAAGAGGUGUCUGGUAUGGGAACCCUCCCUUCGCAUGACCCCAGACCAGGCCCUCAAGCACGCCUGGAUCCACGAGCCCCGGAAGCUGAAGCUGCAGCCCAGGCUCCAGAACCUGAGGAAACCGGGGUUCUUCUCUCCUCCCGACGCAGGCAACCACCGGGCGACCGACCACUUGGGCAGAAGCAGAAAAGCAGGUGAGAUCAUCAAGGAGGUCACAGACAAGUUCAAGGAUGGCACCAAACUGGUCCAGAGUUCCGGUGACCAGCAGGGCACUGUCCAGCACCCAGCCGACAAGGUCCAGCUACCACAUCUGACCGAAGCUUCUGGAAAGCCAGAGGCUGUGACUGGGCCUGAGAUUUCCAUCACCUCCACAGAAGAACCGGGCAAAACGUCCUCCCCCCCGAACACAAAUCUUUUACCGCCUCUUGUAUGACCCUGGCCCCGGGUGACAGUGUCCCUUCCACCAGUUACUGGAUUAGAGGCAGCGCUUGUAGUGUACAAUAUUUCAUAUUGUUGUUGUUUUUAACACAUAAAGGUUUAUUUACAAAAAGAAAAAUGGCCAGCUAAUGUGGGAUGGGGGUAGACGUCCACGGAUCUGAACUGUGUGUGCACGUACAUACUGUGUGCGCGCGCACGUGUGUGUGUAUAGGAGGUAGUUUGAAAUAUAUACUGUUGUAGGAAUUCUAAAUAAAAGCAUCUUAUUUUUUU